UAUGUCUUCUAUCUGAUUUGUAUAUAAGAAGCCCAAUUUUGUCUUGAACAUAUUAUUGAAAGAAUAAUUUAGGCACUUUUGUUUCAAUUCUGUCAGCAUACUAACUAAAACCCAGACCAAGUGAAGCAUAAUGAAAUGUCUAACUUCCAUUUAGUGAACAAUUUUCCCUCACUAAUUAAUAAGUGCUUUAGAAAUUUGGUAAUUAAGAUUAUAGCACAAGGGAGAAACACAGCAGUUCCCUGCAACCAAACAUUCACAGUGAGAUGAAAUGUGUCUGCUGAAGUUUUUCCAAAUUAAUUUGAUUGCAAUCUAAAUCUUAAGAGAGUAAAUUGUCUUUUAGCGAAACUUGUAAUGUAGCUUGUAAUUAAACAUUGUGUUAAGUUUCCUUUCCUUGACUCAUGGUCACCUGGUUCGAGCAUGUGAGCAUGCUGGUUAUACUUCUGAACUGUGUGACCCUGGGCAUGUUCCAGCCCUGCGAGGACGUCACGUGCCAGUCUGAGUGGUGUGUCAUCCUCCAAGCAUUUGAUGACUGCAUCUUUGCCUUUUUCGCUGUGGAGAUGGUUAUCAAGAUGAUGGCUCUGGGGAUUUUUGGAUCUAAGUGUUACCUUGGAGACACAUGGAACCGCCUGGACUUCUUCAUUGUCAUGGCUGGGAUGUUGGAGUACUCACUGGAUGGUCACAAUGCCAGCCUGUCAGCCAUCCGGACUGUGCGUGUGCUCAGGCCUCUACGAGCCAUCAACAGAGUCCCUAGUAUGAGGAUACUGGUGACUCUGCUCCUAGAUACUUUGCCUAUGUUAGGCAAUGUCCUCCUGCUGUGCUUUUUUGUGUUCUUUAUAUUCGGCAUUGUUGGGGUGCAGCUUUGGGCUGGUCUUCUAAGGAACAGGUGUUUCCUAGACAAAAACGCGAAAGAUCUGUAUAAUCUGUCCUUCAUGAGUCCAUAUUACAUGCAUGAGGACGGGGAGGAGAGCCCAUUUAUCUGCUCCACUAUAAUUAACGGCAUGCUCAAGUGCACCGACGUGCCACAUUACAAGGAGGGUGAGAUGGAGUGCAAUCUAAAUGCAUCCCUUGGACACUCCUUGUCUGGCCCUGAUACCAGGAACGGUUGCGUGAACUGGAACCAGUACUACAGUGUGUGUCAGCCCGGGGAGCUUAACCCUCACAAAGGGGCUGUGAACUUUGACAAUAUUGGAUAUGCUUGGAUUGCUAUUUUCCAGGUUAUCACUUUGGAGGGAUGGGUCGACAUCAUGUAUUAUGUUAUGGAUGCCCAUUCCUUUUACAAUUUUAUAUAUUUUAUAUUGCUUAUUAUAGUGGGUUCUUUCUUCAUGAUAAAUUUGUGCCUGGUUGUGAUCGCAACCCAGUUCUCGGAAACUAAGCAGCGGGAGAACCAACUGAUGCAGGAGCAGCGUGCACGCUACAUGUCCAAUGACAGCACACUGGCCAGCUAUUCAGAGCCUGGCAGCUGUUAUGAGGAGAUGCUCAGGUACAUCAGCCACCUGUACCGCAAAGUGAAGCGCCGUGCAUACCGGAUCUACACCAGUUGGCAGAGCAAGCGCAGGAAGAAGGUCAACCCCAAUAGUGGCGCCUUGCCAGGGGGUGGAGGGUCCAAUGGGCAUGGCAGGCAAAAGAGUGGUGGGCACUGGGCACGUUCUGUCCACAAUCUUGUCCAGCACCACCAGCAUCAUCACUGUCACCUCAGCAAUGGCAGCCCAAGCCCUCAGGCCAUAGCUGAGAGCACCGAUGUUCUGGAGAUGAGGUUUAUCACGUCAGGAGUUCAGCUGACGGUGUCCUCACAGUCACCUGCUGGGCUUUCACCAGGACACCAGUCAGUGCAUAGCAUCUUUCAAGGUGACUUUCAUGAAGGCCCGCAGAUUUGCACAGGCACCACAGCUGGUAUGACUCCUCUGGGGAGACUUAAUGGGGGCAUGAACUAUCCUACCAUUUUGCCAUCCUUCAUCUGCAGCUAUACAGGCAGCAACGUCACAGCCAAAGGUAGAAUCGAGGGCAACAACAGCACAGCAGAUAUGGUGGAUCCGUUUGAGAAACUACAUCAUCUCACAGGAGAACACAGUCACAGACGCUUGAUGCUGCAGAUGGCAGGCAUAGAGCCGACUUCCCUGCUCUUUGAGGUUCUCAGGUGCCCAUACUGUGCACAGGCUCUGGAGAACAUUGACCUAGACUUGGCUGACUCGGAAUGCUCCCAGUCUGAAGGCGAGGUGGUGCAUGAGUUUUCCCACAGAGCAAGGUUUAGACUGGGACACUCGCAUUACCACAAGAGGCUUGAGGACCGUAGCCAAUUGAUGCGGUGCUGGGAGAACUUCAGAGACAGGAUGAAACGCAUAGUGGAUAGCAAGUACUUUAACCGUGGGAUUAUGAUCGCCAUCCUCAUCAACACGUUGAGCAUGGGAAUAGAGUAUCACGAGCAGCCUGAUGAACUGACAGAUAUCCUGGAGAUUAGCAAUAUUGUCUUCACCAGCAUGUUUGUCCUUGAGAUGAUCUUCAAGCUGAUGGCCUUUGGCCUCUUCGGCUACAUCAAAAACCCAUAUAAUAUCUUUGAUGGGAUAAUUGUUGUUAUAAGUGUAUGGGAGAUUAUUGGACAGGCUGAUGGGGGUCUUUCCGUGCUCAGGACCUUCCGUCUCUUGCGUGUGCUCAAGCUGGUGCGCUUCCUACCGGCUCUCCGGAGACAGCUGGUGGUCCUGAUGAAAACGAUGGAUAAUGUGGCCACCUUCUGCAUGCUGCUCAUGCUCUUCAUUUUCACCUUUAGUAUUCUUGGAAUGCAUCUGUUUGGUUGCAAAUUCAGCCUGAAGUUGGAGAAUGGAGACACCAUCCCAGACAGGAAGAACUUUGACUCUUUGCUGUGGGCCAUCGUCACUGUGUUUCAGAUACUAACUCAGGAGGACUGGAAUGUGGUCCUCUAUAAUGGAAUGGCUUCCACCUCUCCAUUGGCUGCACUUUACUUUGUGGCCCUGAUGAGCUUUGGGAAUUAUGUCCUAUUUAACCUUCUAGUAGCCAUCUUGGUGGAGGGCUUUCAAGCAGAGGGAGAUGCCACCAAAUCUGACGCAGAUGAGGAAAAGAGAUCAGUUAAUUUUGAAGAAGAGGAGAAAAUGGGAGAAUUACGUGCCACAGAGUUAAAGAUGUACUCUCUGAUGAUGUCUGCAAACGGGCAUGUGGACUCUCGUGGUAAUUUGCCUCCACCGAUCAUCAUGCGCACCGCCGCAACUCCUAUGCCCACACCAAAGAGCUCUCUUGGCACAGACUCCAUCUUCAGUUUAGAAGAAUCAAGACGUGGCAGUGGGAUAUCCAUUGAUCCAAUUGUUUACGAUCAGAGAUCAUUAGCCAGCCCACGCAAAUCACCCUGCCACCCAUGUAGUUCCAGCAGUAACUGGGGCAGCCGCAGGUCAAGCUGGAACGGCCUGAGUCGGGCACCAAGUCUAAAGAGGAAAGACACCUCUGGGGAGAGGGAGUCUCUGCUCUCAGGUGAGGGCAGAGGGAGCUUUGAGGAUGAGGAGCCAGAGGGAAUCAUGUUGGGAAAUGCAGGAAGUGCCAGUGGUGGCUCUCUGCACCACCCCAGUUCUCUGGAAUUCGCUGAGCUGCCCACACUCCCCAGCCCGUGCCUAUCAGGAGAGUACCAUGACUGCAAUGGCAGGGCAUUACACCUGUCCACAGAGCUGCCCUCAGAGCUGAGUCGCGAGGACUCCACCACAGAGGAGGAUCUAGAUGAUAGUUUCUGUUUUCGUCUGAAGAGGGUGCUGGAUGUGUAUAAACCCAAGUGGUGUAAAAGUCAUGAGGACUGGUCUCUCUAUAUAUUCUCUCCACGGAACAGGUUUCGCAUGUUCUGCCAGAGGAUCAUCUCACACAAGCUGUUUGACCAUGUGGUCUUAGUCUUUAUCUUCCUUAACUGCAUCACUAUUGCUCUGGAGAGGCCACACAUUCAGUCCAAUAGCCCAGAGCGAGUGUUCCUCAGUAUUUCCAAUUAUGUAUUCACUGUGAUAUUUGUUGCUGAAAUGACUGUGAAGGUGGUGGCUCUUGGCUUCUAUUCAGGAAAGGAUAGUUAUCUACAAAGCACCUGGAACGUGUUGGAUGGAGUGUUGGUGUCUGUUUCACUCAUUGACAUCCUGGAGUUCCUGGCAUCCACCGGUGGGAACAAGAUCUUUGGUAUUCUGAGAGUUCUACGUCUACUAAGGACACUGAGGCCUUUAAGAGUGAUCAGUCGUGCUCCUGGACUGAAGCUGGUGGUUGAAACUUUGAUAACGUCACUGAGGCCCAUCGGGAACAUAGUACUGAUCUGCUGCGCGUUCUUCAUUGUCUUUGGCAUUCUUGGAGUUCAGCUCUUCAAAGGCAAGUUUUACCACUGUGAAGGCUUGGACACAAGAAACAUCACUAAUAAAUCAGAUUGCCUACAAGCCAACUACAAAUGGAUUCGGAGGAAGUACAACUUUGAUAAUUUGGGGCAGGCUCUCAUGUCGCUGUUUGUGCUGUCUUGUAAGGAUGGCUGGGUGAAUAUUAUGUACGAUGGCCUGGAUGCUGUAGGUGUGGACCAACAGCCGGUACGUAACCACAACCCCUGGAUGCUGCUUUAUUUCAUCUCCUUCCUGCUGAUUGUGAGCUUCUUCGUGCUGAAUAUGUUCGUGGGUGUGGUGGUGGAGAACUUCCACAAGUGUCGGCAGGACCAGGAAGAAGAGGAGUCACGCCUGCGUGAGGAGAAGAGGCAGCGGUUGAUGGAGAAAAGGCGCAGGAAAGCACAGCAGCGGCCCUACUACGCAGAUUACUCACCAGCCCGGCUCUACAUCCACACACUGUGCACUAACCACUACCUGGACCUCUUUAUCACCUUCAUCAUCUGCAUCAACGUGGUCACCAUGUCCAUAGAGCACUACAACCAGCCCAUGUAUCUAGAGGAAGCGUUGAAGUACUGCAACUAUGUCUUCACUGUCUUCUUCAUCUUAGAGGCGCUUCUCAAACUCGUGGCUUUUGGCUUCCGAAGAUUCUUCAAAGACAGGUGGAACCAGUUAGAUCUGGCCAUUGUGCUUCUCUCCAUCAUGGGCAUCACGCUGGAGGAGAUCAAGAUGAACGCUGCCCUUCCAAUCAACCCCACUAUCAUUCGUAUCAUGAGGGUUUUGAGAAUAGCUCGAGUGCUGAAGCUUUUAAAGUUGGCUACAGGAAUGAGAGCAUUGCUGGACACUGUGAUGCAGGCUCUACCACAGGUUGGAAAUCUGGGCUUGCUGUUUAUGCUUCUCUUCUUCAUUUAUGCUGCACUCGGCGUAGAGCUCUUUGGGAAAUUGGAAUGCACUGACAAUAACCCAUGUGAAGGACUCAGUCGACAUGCCACAUUCGAGAACUUUGGAAUGGCCUUUCUAACCCUCUUCAGAGUUUCAACUGGUGACAACUGGAACGGUAUAAUGAAGGACACUUUAAGGGAGUGCACACCGGAAGAUAGGCAAUGCCUGAGCUACCUGCCCUUGGUAUCCCCUAUAUACUUUGUCACCUUUGUAUUGAUGGCCCAGUUUGUGCUGGUGAACGUGGUGGUGGCUGUGUUGAUGAAGCACCUGGAGGAGAGCAAUAAGGAAGCCAAGGAAGAUGCCGAGAUGGAUGCAGAGAUUGAGAUGGAGAUGGAAAUGGCCCGGCGUCACAGUAACGUCUCAGCAAUGAGCUCUGGUGGCCCAGAGGGCAGGGGCACCUAUAUGAGGCCAAGGCCACAUUCACCUGAAGAGGAUGAGCGAAUGCAGAGAACUCAGGAGAAUUUGUUAUCUCCACGAAAGAUGUCAGUGUCCAGGAUGCACUCUUUGCCUAAUGACAGUUACAUGUUUCACCCGGUGAGGCCAGCCAGCGCACCAUACCCUCUGCAGGAAGUGGAGCCCACUCAAGCAUACCUCGAAUUAGGCUCAGUGACCUCGAUCCACUCACAGCCAUGUGAAGGUCAUUCCUUGCUCCAGGUUCCUGGUGUUCAUCCUCAGCCCCAUAUUAGUAUUUGCAUGCCUAGGAUCCCCACUCCAAAGUCAUCUCCCCUGCAUGUUGUAGGCAGGCCUCUGCGUAGACAGGAAGCAAUCAAGAAUGACUCGAUUGAUGUGCAAAUGUGUGACUCCAAAGGCAACCAGAAGAAACAUAUUAGGAGUACAAGAGCCAGCGUCACCAUCCCAGUGCCGAGGAUCUCCACCCCCAGCAGCCCCCUGGUGUCUCCUUUCCUACCCUCUUAUUGCUACAUGCCCAGAGUCUGCACCCUCCAACACCCUCACCACCAGAGAAUUAUUCCCCUCCAACCACACAGUCGGGCCAGCAGCAGCCCUAGCGACUCUAUGUUGGACUCGACCGACCCAGCCGAUGAGGAGGUGCACCAUAUAAACAGCUCAGCCAGGCUGUGGGCAGGAGUCCCAGCAGAGGAGCGGUGCCACUCACUGUCCCCCUGUGUCCCAUUGUGGCCAUUGCCUGUGAAGAACUGUACCAGUGCCACCAAUCUUACCGACUACAGCACUAAAGACAAGGACUUUAAGUUCUUCAGUGUCGACACCAGGGGAUAUUUGGACAAGCCCUCUGUUUCCGAGGAUCAUCGGCGGCACUCCAUUGAGAUUUGCUCUUCUGUGGACAACAGUGCAUUUGAGCCUGGAGUUGGUGAAAGGAGGCACCUGCCCUCACGAGGACAAUCACUGCACAUCCCCAGAAAGAAGAAGAUGAGUCCUCCUUGUAUCUCUGUUGAACCCCUACUAGAAACAGUGCUACCACCGUCUCUCGUGUCCAUGAAAAAACUGUCCGAGAGCACGCUACUGCGGCGAAGGACGCCAUCUUAUGAACUGGCCCUACAGCGCGACUCUCUAGACUUCCUGGAGCACCAACUCCCCAGUCAGCCUCUCAUCAAAGUGGAGAGGCAGCUCUCACACUGUGGCGAAUAUCUCUCUCUCCCACGGUUCCCCUUUCACCAGUCAGACUCCAGUUCCUGCAUCGUGCGUGAAAGCAACCCAUCCGCACAGCCCCCUCGCUUCGACAGUGCACUGGAGGAGUCCACAGAUUUCAGCACAGUAAACAGGACUGCUCAAUGAUAGAGAUAAAAAUGUUGAUGGUUUCCGACUGGUGCACGCAAUGUGGCGUGGAAGUUAUUUUGGAUGUGGAGCAACAACCACUUAAUUCAAUAGCCAAAGUUUUUUUGAGAUGUAUAAUAUUAUGUAAGCCAGCCAGGAAUGGCAACUUUGAUAAGAGUGUGAUCGGGCACGAUGGGAUAUGCAAUUUCAGGUUUCCAUAUGGAACUCUGGUUCUUAUCUUUUUCCCACUGCUCAGUCACAUUGAUUUGAGUUCAGGAUGUGUGAUGGGUUUUCUUUUUCUUUUUUUAUUCCUUUAUCCAUCUUGUCAUUAAUAUUGCUGUUUCUGUUAAAAAAAAAAAAAAAGAAUACACA